GCUUCAUUGUACGGGCUGCUGCUGAUGCUGGGAUCAUAGCGGAGGGGGCCGAUUUUUACACCGGUAAAGGAUCAUGUCAUGGACACGGCUUCACGCAGAUUAGGACUCCGCACGCGACGAGGAUCGAUGACGAGCCCUUUUGUCUGAUAGGAGAAUGAGGAAGAGGAGGAACUGGAAAACCUUGGGAGCGCCCUGGAAAGUUUCUGUGAAGUCUCGAUGAAAGCAUUAAAAGAGCUUCUUUAGUAUUUGACUCAAUGGCCAAGAAAGCGCGUACGAAGGGCGAGAAGCCCGAAGCGCUCAUCUCUGCCCUACAGGCAGCCAAUGAAGAUCUCAGGUCCAAGCUGACUGACAUUCAGAUAGAGCUACACCAAGAAAAAUGCAAGGUGAGCAAACUUGAGCGCGACAAGCUGCAGGAGGUGAAGCGGGUGCGGGAGCAGGAGCAGCACCGUCACACUGCCAUGUUAACAGAGCAGCGGGCCAAGUGGCACGAGGAAAAGCAGAAGGAGCUCCAGGCUCUCAGGGAAAACCUGACGCGGCAGCAUGAGCAGGAGCUGGCCCGCCACGCCAAAAUCAAAGACCAGGAGAACCAGAGGCUUAAAGCCGCGCUGAGUGCCAUGCGCGAUGGCAGCGGAGAGAAGGUGCGCACAGCGCUGACCCUGGAAGCCAAGGAGGACGCACGUCGCUUCUUUGACCAGGAGAGGGUGAAGCUCCUCCAGGAGAUAGCGGAGCUGAAGUCCUCUAAGAAGCAGACUGACGAGGCUCUCAGCAACAUGAUCCAGGCCGACAAGAUGAAGGCUGGUGACCUGCGGGUGGAGCACCAGCAGCACCAGGAGCAGAUCUCCAAGAUCAAGUGGGACUGUGAGAGAGACAUCCGCCGACUGGUGGAUGAAAUCAAAUCUAAAGACCGCACCAUCUUUUCUCUGGAGAAGGAGCUGGAGUCAACGACGGGUUUCCUACAGAAGCUGCAGCUUCAGAAAGACGCCCUGGAUGAACAGUUAUUCCUCGUCAAGGAGGCUGAGUGCGGCCUUGGAAGCCCGAAAAGAGAGAUUCCGGGCAGAGCUGGAGAUGGAGCAGAGCACUGUGGUAGCCCAGACCUGAGGAGAAACCAGAGGCGCAUUGCUGAGCUCAACUCGACUAUACGCAAAUUAGAAGACCGCAACUCACUGCUUGUUGAUGAGAGGAAUGAACUGCUGAAACGAGUUCGAGAGUCCGAGAAGCAGUGUAAGCCCCUGCUGGACAAGAACAAGCUGCUCAGUAAGAGGAAUGAUGACUUGACUCAGACUAUCCAGAAGCUGGAGGAGAAACUCAAGAGCCUGGUCAAGGAGAACCUUGAGAUGAAGGAGAAGAUCAGCUCCCAUCCUCCACUGAAGAAGCUGAAGUCUCUGAAUGACCUGGACCAGGCCCACGAUGACCAGGAAAUAGCCUUUCUCAAGCUUCAAGUCCUGGAACAACAAAGCAUGAUUGAUGAACUGACAAGAGAUCGAGAGAAACUACUAAGAAAGAAAAGACAUAAAAGAAGUUCGAGGCCGAUAAAGAGACACAUCGUAGUAGACACCUUCUUUGGGUAUGAUGAAGAGUCCAUGGACUCAGAGACUUCCUCUGUGGCUUCGUUCCGGAUGGACAGAACACCUGCUACUCCCGAUGAAGACCUGGAAGAGGGUCUAUCCAACGAGGAGUCAGAGCUGCGUUUCCGUCAGCUGACCAGAGAGUAUCAGGCCUUACAGCGAGCCUACGCCCUGCUGCAGGAACAGAAAGGAGGCAUUCUGGAUGCUGAGAUGGAGGCAAAGGCUCACGAGCAGCUCCAAGCAGACGUUCUCAGGUACAAAGCCAAAAUAGAGGACUUGGAGAAGGAACUGACCCUGAAGGGGCAGGACUCCAAAUGGGUGGAGGAGAAGCAGCUGUUCUUACGAAGGAACCAGGAGCUUUUAGAGAAGGUGGAAAAGAUGGAGUCAGAGUGCAGUCAGCUGCAGCAGGAGCUACAAGACUCCAAAGACCAGAAUGAACUGCUAGAGUUUAGGAUACUGGAGCUAGAGGAGCGUGAGAGGAAGUCCCCUCCAUUCAACCACCUAAGAAUGCAUCCCUUCUCUGAGGGAGUCAGCGCGCUGCAGAUCUACUGUAUGAAGGAGGGGGUCAAGGAUGUGUGCAUCCCAGAUCUCAUCAAACUUCUAGAUAUCCUGGGAGACAACGGGAACUUAAGAAAUGAGGAGCAAGUGGCCAUCAUUCAGGCUAGCACUGUUUUAUCAUUAGCAGAAAAGUGGAUCCAGCAGAUUGAGGGGACGGAAGCGGCGCUGCACCAGAAGAUGGUGGACCUUGAGAUAGAAAUGGAGAUGUUCUGUAAACAGAAAGGAUAUCUAGAAGAGGAGCUGGACUACAGAAAGCAGGCCCUGGACCAGGCCUACAUGCAAAUCCAGGAGUUGGAAGCAACGUUAUACAAUGCCCUGCAGCAGGAUAAGGUGAUAAAGUAUGGUGAGCCUCUGGAUGAGCUGCAGAAGGACGAGCUGCGGACGGCGGUGGAGAAGCUGAGGAGGCAGAUGCUGAGGAAGAGUCGAGAGUACGACUGCCAGAUCCUCCAGGAGAGGAUGGAACUGCUGCACCAGGCACACCAGAGAAUUCGUGACCUUGAAGACAAGACAGAAAUCCAGAGGAGGCAGAUUAAAGACCUGGAGGAAAAGGUGGUGUGUCAGCUUGGAGAUCUUGUUUGUGACUGCAGUGUUAUUUAUUUUCCGGACAAGUGUGGAAUAAUGUGCGUAGCAGUGGGUGCUAGCGUCAUGACAUCAGUGACUGCUGUCAGUGUAGGUGGAUGUGUCGUGUGCUGGCCAUGGACGUUCACACUUCAGAUGUUAUCCUUUUGUUCUUUUUAAGCGGGGUGUGGGGUUCUCAGGAUGCUGCCCAGGAUUUUUUUUAGAGCGGUGUUGGACGUUACGACACACAAUUUGAGAGACACCUACAGUAGAUGCACACACACACACAUGCAUACAUACAGUUUAUGGACACUUGUGCAUGCAGAUGCAAACACACAUGCACACACACAUGCUUUGACAAAUCCAAACCAAAGCCUGGGAAAUGUUCUCUCUGCCAUGCAGGGUAAUAAUAUGUCAUUCACCGCCAUUUAGCCACAGUGGGAAUAUAAACAGACAGAAAAGCUCAGAGACAACGAGGCAGACGAACCGCCAGACCACAACUUCUCUUCUUUUUCUCCUCUUUCCUUUCCAAACCUGGAAGGACGUUCUUCAAGAAUGCAACCUCUUGGUGUAUAGGAGCGAGCCAACUCAGGGCCCAUGAGUGCAGAGGCCGGUCAGAUUAUAAUAAGGAACACUCGGGACAUGGUGUGUCACCGGCCGGCUUGCCCUUGCCGUUCCCAGAAUGGUGCUCACACGAGAGUGCUUGGACUCUCCAGAGGUUACACCUGGUAAAGGACAGAACUGCACUGCAGAGACUGGCCUGUACAGACACUGAACGGGGAUACAGGACACUCAGGUUGACACGCCUUCACCAGAUACACGCUACAGACCUGAGUGAAGAGAGGUGAAAAAAGAAAGAAAAGAUCACGGGGGGAUUGUCACUCUCCGAUCCAGCUCCACUCAUCCUGGAUCUCCACAGAAAAAGCUUCGGAUUGUCGAACCGCUUCUUAAUUUGUCUUAAAACCAGCAGACUGUAAGAGCUUUACUCUCUGGUUUUCUUUUUUUUCCCCCUCCUUUCUUUUUUACAGCUCCCACCACUCAGAUACUGUGUCCCAAGAUUUCCACUGAGAAUAAACAUCCCUAUCCUGUACUGUAAUAUAUACAUUUGUUGAUAUGUACAUGUGUCUGAAUUAUUUCAUGUAAUCUCCCCUUUUAUUUCUGUGAAUAGUUGCACUUUUGUUUUACUCUGAAGCAGCUUGAACAGUUGUUGUACUUGGCAGUUUAUAAAUGACUUAAAAGGGUAAAAACUGCUCUGUUUUAUUGUGGUGACGGCUGCAAAGAUGAUCUUUAUUUCCUUGAAAAUUAUAACUGAAAAAUCGUUGGAAUAUGAAUGUGGAAUAACGGAAUAUUUGCCUCCCCUUUCCUCUUUUUCUGCCCUCGAUCACACACUAUACUGUAUUUAUUCUUCUACCGUCUCAAAUGUGUUGCUCCAGUUGGCCAACAGGGGGUGCUGGUUUCUCCUGAGCGACUUUCAACUCGCCCUUUAAAGUUACACGAUCUUUUAACAAGCUUGUAAAUAUUUUCAGACUACCUUACAAAAGGUCUUUAUCCAUCUGACUCUGGUUGGAUGAUUGGUCGGUUUAAACUUAAAUCUAACAGCUGAAUCAGACGACAAUGGACGAAAGCCUGAAUUCAACAGUUGAAUUUCAUAUGAAAGAACAUUCUAACUUCACCUGUUUUUCUGUCCCAAGAAUACUGCAGGUUCUCUCUCUUCCCCUCUUUUUUUACUAACCAAAACGUCUUUGAUACUAACAACCUCCUUUUACUAAACACAACUUGCCAUGUAGGCAGCCACAAAUUGAAACAGGAGAAAGUGAAUGCAACACUACACCUGCUCCACCUCUCUCCUGUCAGGCUAACUCUGCUCAGUCCUGCAAUAUUUACUAGUCGACCGUGCUUGUUCCCUGCGUACCUGAGCUGGUGUAUCUGCCAUCAUGCCACCCGUCGGGCUCCAUUCACAGGUCUAGGGUGUCUAGGCAUCUCAUUACAUAGCGGACAGUAGCUACGACCCACUCCACUCACUUUACCAAGGGGAAUGACUGAGACUAUUUUCGUGCAAACUCAGCUAACUAGCAGUUGCCUUAAAUGCACCCCUUCCACCUUUCUUCCACAAUUAUUUUUUCAGGCGGUUGAUAUUACAUGUAAUGUAUAUUUUUGUUUGUUUUUAUUUCACAGAGGACUUUUUUUUUUUAUCUUUACCCCGUCUGUCUUCCAGCGAGAAUUUAACCCCUCCUCCU